CGAACAUCAGACAGAAACAGUAUACGAGCACAACCUGCACUCCAUUUCUAGUCUGAUACUCACGGCCUGAACUGCAACACGAAUCUAUGCAUCCCCGCCCACCGCGAUGAAUCUCUCUCUAAUCGACCCUUUCGUCCUCUCCCUCGACUACCCGGACACUACCACCGCCUCACUCCGCAGCGGCCACAGCACGUGCGCGCGCUUCAACCGGGCAGGCGACCUACUUGCAUCGGGGCGCGUAGAUGGUGUGGUGACAGUUAUCGAUGUGGAGACGCAGGGCAUAGCGCGCAAGCUGAGAGGGCACACAAGGCAGAUCCAGAGUCUGAGCUGGAGUAAGGAUGGGCGGUAUUUGUUGAGCGCGGGGCAGGAUUGGAAGGUUAUACUGUGGGAUUUGGAGACGGGGGGUGUGGAGGGGGAGUGGAGGUGUGGUGGGAUGGUGUAUUUGGCCGAUUUGUCGUCGGCGGAUGAUCAUCUGGCUGUACUGAGUCUAUUCGACAACCAACCCCUAUUAGUCGACCUACGCAACGAUACCAGCUACAAGUUCUCAUCGGUGCCCAAGCGCACACGCGAAGAAAGCGAGAAGCUGAGCGAGAAGCAGGUGGCGCAGGAUGCGAAGCAGACGACAACUGUAGCUAUCUUUACGGCGUCUGGCUCGCAUAUACUCGCGGGCACAUCGAAAGGCUGGCUUAACAUAAUCGAAACCGCGACACGAAGGACAAUCUACUCAACCAAGAUCAGUGCUGGCGUGGUCAUCUACCUGCGCCUCACCUCAUCAGGGCGCGACAUGGUAGUCAACGCACAGGACCGUGUGAUCCGCACAAUCCACCUCCCACCACUUGACAAUGCGACUUUAGACGCUGACCAGAUCCACCUUGAGGUCGAGCACAAGUUCCAGGACGUGGUCAACCGGCUCAGCUGGAACCACGUCGCGUUCAGCGGGUCGGGAGAGUACGUCAUGGCGAGUACAUACAACAACCACGACAUCUACAUCUGGGAGCGCAACCAUGGUAGUCUGGUCAAGAUCCUCGAGGGCCCCAAGGAGGAGCACGGCGUGGUGGAGUGGCACCCGAGCAGGCCGCUGAUCGCGGCGUGCGGACUCGAGAGCGGGCGUAUCCACAUCUGGAGCAUCAUCAGUCCGCAACGAUGGUCGGCGCUCGCACCGGACUUUGCGGAGGUGGAGGAGAAUGUAGAGUAUGAAGAGGCAGAGGAUGAGUUCGAUAUCCACCCCGAGGAGGAGCGGCGGCAGCAGAUGCUGGAUGGGGAGAACGAAGCCGUGGAUGUGCGGACGGUGGAUAGGAAAGUGCUGGGCGAGGAGUGGUGGCGCAUGCCUGUGUUGCUUGAUCUGGGAGAUGCGGAGAGCGAGGAUGAGUUUGUGAUGGUGGGGACGGGGACGAUGAGGAGGAAGAGCCCGGGAGCUGGGGGCAAGAGGGAAGAGGCGCCGCUAACACCGAGGGAGGAAGAAUUGCUAGAGAGAGAGAAUCUGGCGCUGGCUAAGAAGGUCAAGACCGGGCGAGCAAAGAAGGUUGUGAAGGGUUCGGCUUAGAGGGAUGAUGGGUAUAUGGGGAUAUUAUGGGUGAUAUUAGGGGAGUUAAUGGCGUGUCAGGAUGCACAAUGGAUAAUGUAAUAAAAGUCGAUGGCAUG